UCAGUAAUGCAGAAUCGUUGUAUAAAGCCUUCGUCAAUAUUUUCUAGAAAUAGCAACUGCAUAGCAAAAAAGCGCAUGCACUUCAGGCAGGUUAAAUGAAUGUGGUGGCUUUAAAGAACCCUUUUAGGUUAGGAGUUACUGCCACUCACUUAACCCCAAGAUCAGCCGUGAGGUAUCCUGUGUUUCAUAGCAGCAGGUAAUGAUAAAACAUUGUCUAAUAGUAGCUGUUAUGGAUAACGAUUUUCAUAGUUGAAGUAAUGCGUUUUUCCCUUACUGAUUUAUGUGAAGCUGUUUUGCUUAGAAAUGUGAGAAAAACACAGUAUCUGAAAGGAAGAUUUUGAAAUCUUUCCAGCUCUACUGACAAUCUGUUAAUUGCUUAGAUGGUAGUUCCAGCUGUCAGAACUUAGGAGCUGUUUUAGGUAGAAGUGGUAGGACUCUAUAUAGCCAUGUAGUAAGUACUAAUUCAAAUUUUCCUGAAACGGGGUGGUAUUGAAAAGUGUUUGUAUUUUCACAGGACAUUGGUAUGCGUUUUCUAUUUUUCGUGUUGUUUCAGAAUCUUUGGCACUAAGAUAUUCCUCUGGCUGUGUCUUGUUUUAGUUGUCCUAAUGAAGAUACCUUCCAUUCUGCAGAGGAAGAGCUAUAAUGCCACCCUGGAACAGUUUUGCAAGAACAUAGAUUUACAAAACUAUAUAGAUUAUAUUACAUAGGGAAGAACGAAGGAUAAUGGUGACUUUAAAAGGAGUGGUUCUCUUGUGUUUUAAAAAAGAAAAAAGCUUUCUGUCAGGAAACGAAAUAAUUAGUUCAUAAGGAAGGCAGUCCCCUCAAUGAUUUUCCUGAUUUUGUUCCAUGAAAAUCCUGCCACAUUUCACUGUGGAAAGAUAAAUAGAUUGGUGCUAUUGGUGCUUGUGAGAUUGAGAUUGGUAUUUGUAGGAAACCACGAUAAUGCUGCCAUCUUCAGCAACACUACGCAGAUAAUUUGCCCUGUCUGUUAGGUUCUCCAUUGUAUGACAGCUUCAUUUUUGAUGUCCAAGCAAAAGAAAUAAUACUAGAAAGACUGUCUUUACAGAAGCCUUAUUGGAUGGAUUGUUACUUUUAAGGCAAUGCAAAUGGAGAUUUUUUUAUCCACUUUGAAGUGGCAGUGUGUAGAGAGCCCUCAGUCCUGUAGAAAAAUCUUUACAGUGCCAGGCUACUAUUUAAGCAUCUUUUGAACUUUACAGUAUAGUUAUAUAGCUAACAUUCAUCACGGAGUAUUAUGAACUGUUGAUUUUGUGCAGUGAGAAGAGCAAAGUACUAAUGUAUACAAGCGAGAAUUUUAUGGCAUCUUGUUUCUGUGCUAUAAAACAAUUCAACAUCCGUGGUGAGCUUGUCUAAAGGUACAACAGAUCAAAUAGACCAGGAUGUGGGGUUUGUAGCUGAAGGGUGUACAGAACAUCCACAUUCUCAGUUACAUGAAAGAGAGAUGUGAGAAUUUCUGUCAAAUGUUUGUUACCUGAUGAAAGCAGAGGGAAUGGUGAAAUCCAUCAGUAACCUGGGAAUUAGUUAUGGGUGCAAGAUGACUGUCACAGAAUCAGUAUGUGAGAAGGACUCAUGCUUGAGAUGAAGAAGGAACUGUUUCGAAUGUGAUUGACUUGAAUCACUGGAGAAUAUUGAGAAGAAAGCAGAGAAGACAGUCAGAGCAAGGUUUGCCAAGUAUAGAAAAACAGUCUUGAAAAUGUUGUCCAGACUCUUUCGAAUGCAUGGCCUUUUUGUGGCCUCUCAUCCAUGGGAAGUCAUCGUGGGGACAGUGACUCUCACCAUCUGUAUGAUGUCCAUGAAGAUGUUCACUGGGAAUGAUAAGAUAUGUGGCUGGAAUUAUGAAUGCCCCAAACUUGAAGAAGAUGUUCUGAGCAGUGACAUCAUCAUCCUGACAAUCACGCGCUGUAUAGCAAUCCUUUAUAUAUAUUUCCAGUUUCAGAACCUAAGGCAGCUUGGAUCAAAAUACAUUUUAGGUAUUGCUGGCCUCUUCACAAUCUUCUCAAGUUUUGUUUUUAGCACAGUGGUAAUUCAUUUCUUGGAUAAAGAACUGACAGGUUUAAAUGAAGCUUUACCAUUCUUCCUGCUUCUGAUUGAUCUGUCGAGAGCAAGUGCAUUAGCCAAAUUUGCACUCAGUUCCAACUCACAGGAUGAAGUAAGAGAAAAUAUUUCACGUGGAAUGGCAAUUUUAGGCCCUACGUUUACACUGGAUGCCCUUGUGGAGUGUCUUGUGAUUGGUGUUGGUACUAUGUCAGGUGUACGACAACUUGAAAUUAUGUGCUGCUUCGGCUGUAUGUCUGUUCUUGCCAACUACUUUGUCUUCAUGACCUUCUUUCCAGCUUGUGUGUCCUUGGUACUAGAGCUUUCGAGAGAGAGCCGCGAAGGGCGCCCUAUAUGGCAGCUUAGCCAUUUUGCUCGUGUUCUGGAAGAAGAAGAAAAUAAACCAAAUCCUGUAACACAGAGGGUCAAAAUGAUUAUGUCGCUGGGUUUGGUUCUUGUUCAUGCUCACAGCCGUUGGAUAGCAGAACCAGCUGCUCAGAACAGUACUGUAGAAAAUUCAGUGGGAUUGGAUGAGAAUGCACCGAAGAGAAUUGAACCGAAUGUUUCAUUAUGGCAGUUCUACCUUUCCCGAAUGGCCAGUAUGGAUAUUGAACAAGUAAUCACUCUUGGAUUAGCCCUUCUCCUUGCUGUCAAAUAUAUUUUCUUUGAGCAAGCAGAGACUGAAUCCACACUGUCACUGAAGAAUCCCAUAACAUCUCCAGUGAUGGUCCAGAAAAAAGUCCCUGAGAAUUGUUGCCGGAAGCAGUCUGGACUUCUGAAAAACAACCAGAAAUCUAACACAGUAGAAGAGGCUUUAGUUCCCAAAGAUGGAAAUGCGGAAGUCAUAAAACCUGUAUUAGCAGAGUCAUCAACCAAGGCUACAUUUGUAGUUGGCAGUUGCAACGCUGUGGAUACUUUUUCAUUUUUUAAUGGAAGAGAGGAAGAAAUCGAGUUACCUAAGGAACCACGUUCUAUUGAGGAGUGUGUUCGUAUACUUGGAAAUGCAGAGAAAGGAGCAAAAUUCCUUACUGAUGCUGAGGUUAUCAGCCUUGUUAAUGCUAAGCGUAUUCCUGCAUACAAACUGGAAACUCUGAUGGAAACGCAGGAGCGAGGUGUGUCCAUUCGCAGACAGAUGUUAUCUGAGAAACUUCCUGAACCUUCAUCUUUGCAAUAUCUUCCAUAUAGGAAUUAUAAUUACUCUUUGGUUAUGGGAGCUUGCUGUGAAAACGUGAUUGGAUAUAUGCCUAUUCCUGUAGGUGUAGCAGGACCACUGUUUUUGGAUAACAAAGAAUUUCAGGUGCCAAUGGCAACAACAGAGGGAUGUCUUGUAGCAAGCACAAACAGAGGGUGUAGAGCAAUAUGUCUUGGUGGAGGAGCAAGUAGCCGCAUUCUGGCAGAUGGGAUGACUCGAGGACCUGUUGUAAGGCUGCCCACUGCUUGCCAUGCUGCAGAAGUGAAAGUUUGGCUUGAAAGCCCCGAAGGCUUUAAAAUAAUGAAGGAAGCUUUUGACAGCACGAGUAGGUUUGCCCGCCUACAAAAACUUCUCAUCAGUUUGGCUGGUCGUAACCUUUAUAUCCGUUUUCAGUCUGGAACAGGAGAUGCAAUGGGAAUGAAUAUGAUUUCAAAAGGUACUGAAAAAGCACUGGCAAGGUUGAGUGAAGAGUUUCCUGAUCUCCAAGUAAUAGCUAUUAGUGGUAACUAUUGUACAGACAAAAAACCUGCUGCUAUAAACUGGAUAGAAGGAAGAGGGAAGUCUGUUGUCUGUGAAGCAGUCAUUCCAGCCAAGGUUGUUCGAGAAGUAUUGAAGACAACUACAGAAGAUAUUGUUGAAGUCAAUAUAAAUAAAAAUUUGGUGGGUUCUGCGAUGGCUGGUAGCAUAGGUGGCUACAAUGCACAUGCAGCAAACAUUGUGACAGCUAUCUACAUAGCCUGUGGUCAGGAUGCUGCGCAGAAUGUAGGCAGCUCUAACUGCAUCACUUUGAUGGAGCGAACUGGUUCCACCAACGAAGACCUGUACAUCAGCUGCACAAUGCCUUCUAUAGAAAUAGGAACUGUUGGCGGAGGCACCAACUUGCUCCCACAGCAGGCGUGUUUGCAGAUGUUAGGGGUUCAAGGUGCAAGCCAAGAUAACCCUGGUGAAAAUGCCCGUCAACUUGCUAAAAUUGUUUGUGCUACAGUGAUGGCAGGGGAAUUAUCACUAAUGGCAGCUCUGGCAGCUGGGCAUCUAGUCAAAAGCCACAUGAUCCACAACAGGUCAAAAAUAAAUCUACAAGAUCUUCAAGGAACCUGCACUAAGAAGGCAGCUUGAAUACUAAAAUGGCUUUGCAAUGAAGAAUUGUUGUAGCAACUGACAGGGUGCACAGGGGAAAAAAGACCUCUGUGAAGUUUAGAAUGAAAAUCACCUUCAACUCAAUUUAUGUAAGAUGAACUGAGAGAUCAGCAGACUUGUGUGAGACUACUUACGCCUUUGACCUUCUUCAGUGGUUAGAGAUGACUUCGUGGGAGAAGUCCUGUCACAUGCCUUGAACAUGGCUUUGGAAUUCUUACUCUUACACAUCUUAUAAAGGGUCCGUUUUAUGGUUUUACAGGUUGAGAUUCUUUUGACUACUAAGCUCCUGGUAACCACAAAGCUGAGAAGUGAGUAAUGUACUUUGCAGAAUUAAAAAAAAUAGGUCUAAACUUGGCUUGAAUGCACUGAUCCUUGCCUUCUUUAUGUUACAGUUAGACAAGCAUGUUUUUUAAAGUGAUGGCAAGCCUAAUCACUUUCCAUGAAUCCCCAGUUUUAAUUUUGUUCACAUACAAAAUUUAGGUCUUGGGCUAUAAGACAGUUCUGUUGAAUCCUAUUAGUUUAUAGAAACCUCUGUCUAUAUAUAGUACUUAAUUUGCUGCUGCUUCAGCUAAGCAGCAUUCUAUGUUUUAACUCCACAGUUUAGGUUAUUCCUUCAUGGAAAACUUGCGACCUAUACAGUUCUGAACUGUUAAAUGUAAUCUUUAUUGAAGUAGGGAAAAUGGCAUCUUCAACUGUUUUGUGAUUUUGUUCAGGUAGAAAAAACAGACUUUAAAACUGGUGAUGCCAAAAUCAGUCAUGUCAGACACAUUUUUAAGCAAAUGCAGUUUCUCAAACUUUUUUUGAUAGGAGUGCAUUCAAACAACAGGAGUCAAGAACAGAUGUUUACACUUCUUUGAAAAUAAGUCUCUUAAGGUACAGUGUGUUUGUAUAUUCCUUCCUUUCUUUCUUUUUUUCAAGUGUUUGACACUUACUCCAUAGGAACAGGUGUAUACCCACUGUUUUUGCUGAGAUAAAAUGAAGUCAGAAGAUCACACUGUUCUUUAACAUUAGGGUUUUUUUUUUAAUGUUUUGAUUCCUUUAAAACUUUCUUUUUGAGGGGGGGAGUAUUUAUUUUAGGAAGAAAUCUUACCAUUUUUUUCAAUGAACUGUACUAAUUAAGGGAAUUCAGUGAAAUGACAUGUUAAUGCAACAAGCAGGUUUUGUAUCAAAAUAUUGUACUUGGACCAGUGAAGCAGUCUCAGGUGUUCUUAAUGUAAAACAGAAAACCCAGGUUUACUCUGGUUUGAAUUACCUUUGGGGAAUAUUGCUAAAUGCAUUGUGCUGCCUAGUUAAUCACAGGAAGAAAAUUAUUAAUAUGCUUGAUGAUAAGGGGAUAUUUUUGUUUGGUUUGGGGUUUUUUGUGUUUUGGGGGGUGAAUCAGUGGACUGGACUGGCAUUCUUGCAGGAGUGCAGUGGCAUUCCUAAAUAGGUGACUAGCAGAGGUGCUCUUCUAAUGUGCAAAUUUGAUAUAAAUCAUGAUGGUUUGUUUUGUAGUACAUCAGCACAUUAAUAUUAUUGUAAUGAGCUCAUAAAGCUAAUGUGCAAGCAUGAAGACAUACUACAUGCUAGAUAUGAUAUGAUAGCAUGUAAAUAUGAAAUAUCAUGAAUGUUUAUCUUCCUGCAGUAUUGUUGCUAAUAGCUACCAUUUUAUUUAAGGAAAGCUGGAACUACUUUGUUUCUAUGUUCAUUCAGUGAUCUUAUUUAAAGUAACACUGUUCUGGCAAUAAAUUGUGGUUCAGUGUUCAUUCUGGUGGAUUUGACUGACAUUCUGUGUUGCAGAAUUAACAUUUUGUAUUAUUACUAAAUUGUGUACAUUUUGGUACAGAACUACUUUUUCAGUUUCAGUAAAACAAUGGAAAACA